CUAGUUAUCGCCAAUUAUUUAAUUAAAACGUCUGUGUGACCUACUCCGUGUCCCUCUGUAAACAUAGUCCGGCUAUUUCCGGUCGAAAUGAACUGUUUUCCGGUGUUACGCCUUUCUGGCUCCGAUACCCUUCACUCAUUUUGUUUUUCCGGGAGUGCUCCAUCUUUCCACGGCUAGCUAUCGCUCUGCGGCAAUCAAGGAGCAAAAACAUCUUUCCAGAUCUGGAAUAGCUUCACUCACCCUAGCGACGCAGUUUCUUAUUGAAAUUACCUCUCAAAACAAAUUUGAAGAACAACAAUGACUGACUCAAAAUAUUUUACAACAAAUAAAAAAGGGGAGAUAUUUGAGCUGAAGGCAGAGCUUAACAAUGAGAAGAAAGAGAAGAGGAAGGAGGCGGUGAAGAAGGUCAUUGCGGCUAUGACUGUGGGCAAGGAUGUCAGCUCUCUCUUCCCAGACGUGGUGAACUGCAUGCAGACAGACAACCUGGAGCUGAAAAAGCUGGUCUACCUGUACCUGAUGAACUAUGCUAAGAGCCAGCCUGACAUGGCCAUCAUGGCUGUCAACAGCUUUGUCAAGGACUGUGAGGACCCUAACCCCCUGAUCCGGGCCCUGGCCGUGCGCACCAUGGGCUGCAUCCGCGUGGACAAGAUCACAGAGUACCUGUGUGAGCCGCUGAGGAAGUGUCUAAAGGACGAGGACCCAUACGUGAGGAAGACGGCAGCGGUGUGUGUGGCAAAGCUCCAUGACAUCAACGCCCAGAUGGUGGAGGACCAGGGCUUCCUGGAUUCCCUCAGGGACCUCAUCGCCGACUCCAACCCCAUGGUGGUGGCCAACGCGGUGGCAGCUCUGUCUGAGAUCAGUGAGUCCCACCCCAACAGCAACCUGCUGGACCUCAACCCCCAGAACAUCAACAAGCUUCUGACGGCCCUCAAUGAGUGCACUGAGUGGGGCCAGAUCUUCAUCUUGGACUGCCUGUCCAACUACAACCCCAAAGAUGAGCGCGAGGCCCAGAGCAUCUGCGAGCGGGUCACUCCCCGUCUCUCCCAUGCCAACUCGGCGGUGGUGCUGUCGGCCGUUAAGGUGCUGAUGAAGUUCCUGGAGCUUCUGCCCAAGGAGUCGGACUACUACAACACACUGCUGAAGAAGCUGUCCCCACCGCUGGUCACCCUGCUCUCUGGGGAGCCAGAGGUCCAGUAUGUGGCCCUCAGGAACAUCAACCUCAUCGUCCAGAAAAGGCCUGAGAUCCUGAAGCAGGAGAUCAAGGUGUUCUUUGUCAAGUACAACGACCCCAUCUACGUCAAAUUGGAGAAACUGGAUAUCAUGAUUCGCCUGGCCUCCCAGGCCAACAUAGCCCAGGUGUUGGCUGAGCUGAAGGAGUACGCCACCGAGGUGGAUGUUGACUUUGUGCGUAAGGCAGUGAGAGCCAUCGGACGCUGUGCCAUCAAAGUAGAGCAAUCUGCUGAGCGCUGUGUGAGCACCCUGCUGGACCUCAUCCAGACCAAAGUCAACUAUGUGGUGCAGGAGGCCAUCGUGGUCAUCAGGGACAUCUUCCGCAAAUACCCCAACAAGUAUGAGAGCAUCAUCGCCACGCUGUGUGAGAACCUGGACUCUCUGGAUGAGCCGGAUGCUCGCGCUGCCAUGAUCUGGAUUGUGGGCGAGUACGCUGAGAGGAUCGACAACGCUGACGAGUUGCUGGAGAGCUUCCUGGAGGGCUUCCACGACGAGAGCACCCAGGUCCAGCUCACUCUUCUGACGGCCAUCGUCAAACUAUUCCUGAAGAAACCCUCUGAGACUCAGGAGCUGGUGCAGCAGGUCCUUAGUCUGGCCACACAGGACUCCGACAACCCUGACCUACGUGACAGGGGUUACAUCUACUGGCGCCUGCUGUCCACCGAUCCGGUGACUGCCAAGGAGGUGGUCUUGUCUGAGAAGCCCCUGAUCUCGGAGGAGACGGACCUGAUUGAGCCCACCCUGCUGGAUGAACUCAUCUGCCACAUUGGCUCCCUGGCCUCCGUCUACCACAAGCCCCCCAACGCCUUCGUGGAGGGUAGCCACGGCAUCCACCGCAAGCACCUGCCCAUCCAGCACGGCAGCAUUGAUACAGGCGAGAGCCCGGUGAGCGCAGGGCCAGCGGCCCCCAUUGAACAGGCCCAGUCAGUCAUCCCCUCCCAGGGAGACCUGCUGGGAGACCUGCUCAACCUGGACCUGGGUCCCCCCGUCAACGUGCCCCAGCAGUCCUCCAUGCAGAUGGGCGCCGUCGACCUGCUGGGCGGAGGCCUCGACAGCCUGUUGGGGGGAGACCUGGGAGGAGGUGUUGGGGGAAGUCCAGCAGUGGGACAGAACUUUAUCCCCUCGUCAGUUCCCAACACAUUCGCCCCAUCGCCCACUCCUGCAGUGCUCAGCAGUGGCCUCAACGACCUGUUUGAGCUCUCCACAGGCAUGGCCAUCACCACAGGAGGCUAUGUCACCCCAAAGUCUAUAUGGCUGCCUGCAGUGAAAGCUAAAGGGCUAGAGAUCUCGGGCACAUUCUCCCGCCGACAGGGCCAAAUGUACAUGGACAUGACCUUCACCAACAAGGCCCUGCAGCACAUGACUGACUUUGCUAUCCAGUUCAACAAGAACAGUUUCGGAGUGAUCCCCACCACCCCUCUGCCCAUCCACACUCCACUGAUGCCCAGCCAGAGUAUCGAAGUUUCCCUGCCUCUCAACACCAUUGGGCCAGUCAUGAAGAUGGACCCACUGAACAACCUACAGGUGGCUGUGAAGAACAACAUUGACGUUUUCUACUUCAGCGGGCUUAUCCCACUCAACAUUUUCUUUGUGGAGGAUGGUAAAAUGGAGCGACAGGUGUUCCUGGCAACCUGGAAAGACAUCCCCAAUGAGAACGAGCUGCAGUACCAGAUCAAGGAGUGCCACUUAAACGCAGACACUGUGUCGGGGAAGCUGCAGAACGACAACAUUUACACCAUUGCCAAGAGGAACGUGGAGGGCCAGGACAUGCUCUACCAGUCACUCAAGCUCACCAAUGGCAUCUGGAUCCUGGCUGAGCUCCGCAUCCAACCCGGCAACCCCAACUACACGCUGUCCUUGAAGUGCCGGGCUCCUGAGGUGACCCAGUAUGUCUACCAGGUGUACGACUCAGUCCUGAAGAACUGAACCUUCCGUCCGUCCACUCACCACCCUCCACUCCACACCUCGCCCCAAGAACAAACAGCAGCUGUUAGCGUUAUAGUCAUGUAUUAUUCCUUUCCCUCAUUCCUCUCCACCAUCUUUACCUCCAUGGGAGAAUGCGACAUCCCCAGUCCAUCCUAAACUAAAUGUCUUAAUGUCGUAAAACGUGGUUGAAGGUGAAGCUCUCCAAAAAGAAGAAGAAAUCUUUCAUAUUCACUAAGCCAUUGGUCCCACCUCUUUGUACUGUAUUGCCAAUAUUGGAAAGUGUAAUAUCAUAUGUUUUGUCUAUUUUUUAUGCUUGUUCUGCUUCCGUGGUACUUUUCCUACUGUCCCAACCGUUCCACAAGAGAUACUCGAUUUGGUGCCAUCUUCCAGGCCUUACUGGGGCGGACGUUUCCAGUUGAACCAGUUGCUACAGUAUGUCUCCAUGAUGCAACAAGUACCAUUCUGGGCCAAGAUGGCAGUAGUGAGAGGCAAGCGCAGGAACAGGGAACAUGAAAUUGUCAGGCUGCCAUGAUUUUAAUGCAUUAGUGGACGUCAUUCUCUACUCAUUUUAGUAACCACUAUGCUGACCACUAUUUAUGAUGGCUAUUAUUACUUGUUUGCUCCAGUCUGUGCCAUUGUUCUUUUUUAUUGAUACUUGCAGGCAGCUGAUAAUUUCAAGCUUCUCAAUGCUUUUCUGAUUGCUCGACCUGCAGCAGCCAUCAAACACAGUUAUAUUCAUUCCUAGAUGUCCAAUAAUUCAUGCCCCUUUGCUGAUUUUGUGUUGCAGUAUUAAUUAUUAUGCCAAUUGUGAGUGUGGCAUGAGUUGUCCAUUCUGUUAUACUGUAAUCAUCUUAUGUUGAUUCCAAUGAGAUAUUAUGCGUUAUUCUUUAUAUGUAAGAUUGUUAUUGAUAUUCCAUUUGCAGCUGUUCCUCCAAACAAAACUAAACCCUAAACCUUGGGUCAAACCCAAAGCCAGGGUCAAUAUCAGUUGCUAUUUUCAUAGUAGAUAACAACCCCAUACUGUCAUCAAUUACAUGCCUAGUGUACGUGUUUGUGGUGUUCUGCAGUUAAAAUCACCUCCCUGGCAUUGCUUUAUCCUAAACAUGGAGGCUAUGUAGUGCUUGCAGGCCACCUAAUGACCAGGGUCCCCCCUCUAUGAUUAUACUGUGCAGUGAUGUGGUGUAGUUUGUAGACCUAAAGUUCUGUACGACUAAUGAAAGAUGAUUAUUAUAUUACUACCUUGUAACCCAGAAUUAGUGUGCUUGUAUUCCAUAACAGAAAAACGUUGGCGCUAUAUUCCAGUUAUGUACCAAGUCCUCGUGGAAGUUGUAUUAAUAAAUGUAUACAAACUGAUGUGAUUUUAAUAUGCCAUAUCUCUAUGACUAACCAUGCUUGCUAGACCUCUGGUAGUUGAGCUCAAACAUUGCUAAUCAUUUUAUUAAUUAUUUUAUUGAAGCCAAUGUAAAGUGCAGUCUGAAGGGUACCAAUUGUGUUUGUGACUUCAGCUUUCUAAUUUUAUUGUUGCCACAUGCUGAUGUGCCUGUAAACCUGCAUGGAAGCGGUGUCCAUUGUUCCCCCAAAAAUCUUUGCUGUCUGUUUUCCUCAUUCUCAAAACAACACUUGGCUACAGGGGAUGGUCUUAUCUUUGCCCAGAAUUUGACUGCAUGUAUCCCAAGCAAGAUGUUAUGAAGGUGUAUUUGGGUGUAACUUUCCCAUCCAGAACUUGUUUGAGAAAAAAGAUUUAAUGUACUUAUAAGCCCAGCAACCAGGAAUAGGCCUACAGAACGGCUGUAGUAAGAAGUAAUAUGAAAACUGAAAUGUCCAUUUUUUUUUUUGCUUCUUCUCCUCAAGCUAACCUAUUGAUACUGCAUCACUCCUCGUCAUCAAGGUGGCACUGUAUCUUCUAUUAUUUCAAUAAAAUGUCCGGUAUAAACGUA